UUUCAUGUAGUUGUUUACCAUGGGGGCUUAAUUCCUCUUGGGGCCUAGCUUGACCAAGUUCCCAUGAUGCAGCAGUCGGCGCUGCGAGUUGCUUGGGGCCUGCAGAAUGCACGCGGACCUUUACCAUCAGCACUGCAACUGGCCCUUUUAUCGGUUGCGGACGUACCCAUACAAGCAGAUGCUGUACCGUCAUCAACGUUAACCUUUAGCCACAUCUUGAGUCCGGCAUGGCGCAGUGUUUCCGCUUCAGCAUCUGAUCCGACAGUCGGUUGCAUUAGCAAAAGCGCGGUCUGGGCACGGCGCAAUUCGUCCAUCGUCAGCGUCGCAUCAGCCGCGCGCCCUGCCGCCGCGACGGGCGCACACGCAAUCGAGAUCGUGGUGCAGGGCUUUGAGAAACGUUACGUCGACAUGGCCUGCAACACCCUCGAUGAUCUGCUCAUGCUCGCCUUUGCGCCCAAAAGCUUCGCCGCGCUGCCCGUCGGUUCGCCAUCCCCCGCCGACGCACCCACCAACGUCGCCUUGGGCGCCAUCAGCCGCCGUGUUGUGCGCCUGCCGUGGCACCGCACACGUUUCACGUUGCUGCGCAGCCCCCACAUCGACAAGCAGGGCAUGGAGCAAUUUGAGCGGCGCGAGUACAAAACAGUGCUCACUGCCGCCACCAACAGCGAUGCGGAGCUGCGGCGGCUGCUGGAAGCCAUCAAGAUCUAUCAGUUUACCGGAGUGCAGAUCCGCAUAAGCUGCACCAGUGCACAGCAGGUGGAGCUGCCCGGGGACCUGACCCAGAUUCUUGCGGGAACGGCUUUGCCACAGCCAUCUGCGGCGGUGGAAGCGGCGGCUGCGGCGACUCCGGUGCGGCCUCCACCUCUGCCUGGCGGCGGUCAGGCUGUCCUCGGAUCCCCCCGCGUGGCGCUGCCGGCACCUCGAAGUCCCGAGGCGCUCUUCCAGGAGGAGCUCACCUCCGUGCUGCGUGUCCUGCGGCCAAUGGUAUGGACGGGGCUGCAGGCUCGGCGGCGGACGUUAGACUCCGUACCGGAGUUUGCGGCAUGGAGACAACGAACAUCGCAGCAGCAGCAGCAGCAGCACCGGGGGUUUCGGCCGCCAGCGCCGGUCGCGAGUGCGAUACCCGGGUAUGAGGACGACACUGGCGCGGUGGAGGAUGAAGCGGAUGCAGCAGGCAGCAGGACUGCGUACGGCAGAUUGCUACGACAGAGAAUGCGGCAGCAGUUGGAGCUGAUGAAGGCGACACACCCAGCGUCGGCGGGGACGCCGGAGGCGCUACAGCCAGCAGCGGCGGCAUCUUACGGUCUGGAUCCCGCUGUAGCAGCAGACCUUCUGGCACGGAUAGAUGCGGAGCUUCUGAAGGUGCACGAGGCGGCUCUGGGCGGGGGGGGAGCGCCGCCGCCGGCAGGGGAUGGCUUUACCGCUGCCGGGGCCGCGGCGACACCGGUGCUCAGCGCCAGCAUGGUGUCACCCGCAGAGUAUGUCUACGCUGUACUCAAGUAUGCGCAGUACGUCGACGCGCUGUACGAGGCCGCCGGUGCGGCCGAGGCGUGUCGACGUGCCGACGCGGCGCUACAGCUGGCGGCUCCUGGCGCAGCGUUGCGUCUGUUGCAGCUCUGGUCCGCCGCAACCAGUAUGGAGUUCAAGCAGCAGCUGGGUCUGCCCCCGGCGGACGUUGAGAAGCAGAUUCUGGAGGAGCAGCUGCGGAGGGAGGACAUGGCUCGGUCAGAACACCCCCUUAUCGGCCUCAUAGGCUUCACUACGGCCAUAGGUGCAACAACGAGCCCCAAGGCCUUCCACUGGGAGCUCCCGAGGAGACUUCCACUGGGAGCUCCCACGCUCCGGUCACCGCGCCACCUGGCCAUGGAACUUGCCAUCCACAUCGCCCGUCGCCAACUUCUAAAAGGGUCACGCGGACGUGACAGGCAACAGCGAUUCGUCAGGCAUCACGUGUACCCGAAUUGCCUGCCCAAGUAUGCCCUAGCAGUACAGAUACGCAAUACGAGCCUCACCUGA